ACGACGAACAACGGUUUGACGUUAUCCGCUUUGAAAUGGCGUUGAGGCAGUUAAAGGCGCUUUAAUUUUUUUUAUUAUUUUUAACCUUUUGGGCACUUCAGCUUCUAAAUUCUUUGUCUAGUGCUAACUUCCGAACCUUACCUAUAUUUUUGCGCUUUGCACAGUUGUUAAACAAAAAUGUAUCGCAGAAAAGUGUGAAUAAUUGACGUCGCAUAAUAAGGCCGCAGCCAGCUCCGGAGUUGCGUAGAGAUUACGGCCGCUUUCCAGUGCGUGGCCCUGCCGCAGACCUGCUAGUUGCUUUUUAGGUCAUUCCCGGCUAAACAUGACUGUCGGUAACAGAGGUCUGGAAAUGAAGUGACACAACUAGAGUUCUUUCCCGUCGCAACCAUCAUUUUUAUCAAAUAGCUUCUACUGUUUGCAUAAUAUACAUAUUUUUUUUAUUAAAAAGCAUUUUGCAAACACAGACUUGAUAUGGCGUCAGUGCCAGUGUAUUGCUUAUGUCGCCUGCCCUAUGAUGUGACGCGCUUCAUGAUUGAAUGCGACAUCUGUCAAGACUGGUUUCAUGGAAGCUGUGUUGGUGUGGAAGAGGACAAGGCAGCUGAGAUUGACCAAUAUCACUGCCCUAAUUGUCAGGUCACCCAUGGACCUUCUGUCAUGCGCAAACGGCGUGGUGGCAAUAAGCAAACAGAUGGAAAUACAGGUGUAGCAAGAGAUCCCAGUAAGCCUGUAAAGACGGGGAGCCCACAGUUUGUCAGGGAGCUUCGUAGCAGAACGUUCCCAAAUGCUGAUGAAAUCUUGCUGAAACCAUCUGGGGCUCAGCUGACGGUUGACUUUCUGGAAGAGCAUUCUUUCAGCGUCCCAGUCAUGGUGUUGAGGCGAGAUGGCCUAGGCAUGACCCUUCCUCCGUCCUCGUUCAGUGUCUCGGACGUGGAGCACUACAUUGGUGCAGAUAAAGAGAUCGAUGUUAUUGAUGUGUCUCGUCAAUGCGACCUGAAGAUGCGACUGGGAGACUUUGUUGAAUACUACAACAGCACCAAUAGGGACAAAGUACUCAAUGUGAUCAGCCUGGAGUUCUCUGAAACUAGGCUCUCAAAUUUGGUGGAGACUCCCAAGAUUGUGAGAAAACUUUCAUGGGUGGAGAACCUCUGGCCUGAAGAGUCUGUUUUUGAACGGCCAAAUGUGCAGAAGUACUGCCUGAUGGGAGUAAAGGACAGCUACACAGACUUUCACAUUGACUUUGGUGGCACUUCAGUAUGGUACCAUGUCCUGAGGGGUGAGAAAAUCUUCUACCUAAUUUCUCCCACCCCAGCCAACCUUGCACUUUUUGAGCGCUGGAGUUCCUCAUCCAACCAGAAUGAGAUGUUCUUUGGGGAUCAGGUUGACAUGUGUUACAAGUGUUCUGUCAAGCAAGGAAACACACUGUUCAUCCCUACAGGAUGGAUUCAUGCUGUGCUGACUCCUGUGGACUGCUUGGCCUUUGGUGGAAACUUUUUGCACAGUCUCAACAUUGACAUGCAGCUUCGGGCAUACGAAAUAGAGAAGAGACUGAGCACAGCCGACUUGUUCAAAUUCCCCAACUUUGAGACUGUGUGUUGGUAUGUUGGGAAGCACCUUCUUGACAUCUUUAGAGGAUUGCGAGAAAAUCGCAGACACCCUGCCAGCUAUCUUGUUCAUGGAGCUAAGGCCCUUAACAAUGCUUUCCGCACCUGGACUCGCAAAGAGGCCUUAGCUGAGCAUGAAAUGGAGAUACCAGAAACCAUCAACACUCAGACAUUGAUAAAAGACCUUGCAAAGGAGAUCCGUCUGGUUGAGGAUAUAUUUCAGCAAAACAUUGGUCGCACAGGACCUCAGUUUCCUGGUGCUCCACUCUCCAAAACCCCGCUGAAUGCUGCCCAGAACUCCGGACGCCCCCCUGGAAAAAAGAAAGGGCCCAAGCCUAAGGAGGUUCUGGGAGUGUUUGGACCAACAGGAACCAAAAAGAAAAGUCAGAAAGGGCUCCUUAAGGCAGAAGCAGGAGAACUCGAGCUCAUUGAGAUCCAUGCCAAACAUACCCUAAAGAAAUUUCAACCUGGCAAAUCCAAGCACAAGAACAAGCUGGAGCUGCCAUUGGAGGAGUUUGAAGGGAAGGUGAAUAAAAACAAACUUAAACUUGUCUUGACAAAUGGCAAAAUCCAAGGUAAGAAAGAUGGCAGCAGUAAUGGUGCAGGAAGUGCUGCGAGCUACAAACACCUAGCCACAGAGGGCUCCAGUCUUUCUGACCUGGAGUCUGAGGAUGAGUUGCAGAUUGAUGAGACUCCUCCUCCUCGACGCAAGCCUGCUGGACCAAACAAGAAAAAGAAACUAAGUGGUUUACCAAGGAAACUGCCCAGAGCCAAACCUUGUUCUGACCCUAAUCGCAUCAGGGAGCCAGGAGAGGUAGACUUUGACAUCGAGGAGGACUACACAACCGAUGAAGAGACGCUGGCAGCUCACGGGGUGAAAGGUGGUGCAGGGGGCAUCCUUGACUUGUUGAAGGCCAGCAAGCAGGUGGCAGGAUUAGACUCUGCAGCUCUCAGCGAGGAAGCACCAGCCUCGCCCAGCACCCGGGACGCCAUCCAGGGCAUGCUCUCCAUGGCCAACCCUCCUUCCUCGUCCUCCUCUUCUUCCUCUUCCUCUCCCUUAUCAAUCUCUGGAGGCUUGACGGAGGGAUUAGCAGCCGUCAAGGAAAAGGGCGGGAGAACUGUGUGGGUGACAGGGGGGAUCAAGAAGACUGCAAAUCCUGAGAAAAAAGCAGUGAUUCAGCGGCCUGGUAAAAGGACAAUCAAAAGGCCGGCCCGUCACAUCAGUGACGAAGACAGUCCAGAUGAGCAAGAAACCCUGGGAACUUGUUUUAAGGAUUCAGAUUAUGUUUACCCUUCUUUGGAGUCUGACGAGGAAGAUCAUAUUAACAAGACGAAGAUGAAAAGGAAAAAAAACUGGGAUGACACACCCUGGAGCCCUAAAGCAAGGGUGAUGCCCACACUUCCUAAACAAGAACGACCAGCCAGGGAAGGGGCUAGAGUCGCUUCUGUAGAAACUGGUCUUGCAGCAGCUGCUGCCAAGUUGGCACAACAAGAGCAGCAGAAACCUGCUAAAAGGAAGUACACUAAAAAGCAGCGUCCUCCUGCUCCCGUUGCCAGUCCUCCCCCAGCGCAGGCUGAGCCCACCCCCGCCUCCCCAACACCUGCUCCAGAGUCAGCAGCAGAUGCCAGCCCAGACAGGAGGAUGGAUUAUUUCUCUGCCAGUCUGUUAGACCAUGAAUACACAGCAGGGCCAGGACCUUUUGGCCCUGGGGGCCCGAGGGGCAGUGGGGCCAUGGCCCCCGGUGUGUUCCUCUCUUCGCGACGACCUUCCAUGUCACCUCAGAACAGCAGCUCCCAUGCUGGUUUAUCUCCUGCAGGGUUAGCCAGUCAAGGAAUAACAGGGAUCGGUCAAGGUAAACGACCAAAGAAAGGUCUUGCAACUGCAAAACAGAGACUUGGAAAAAUCCUAAAGAUUCACCGCAACGGAAAACUUCUCUUGUGAGAGAUGCUUGUUGUUUGUGGCUGAUGACAUUAAGAAAGAAGAUGAGACCGCUGAAGUUGGUCUGAAGGAACUCGAGAUAGUUAUCUAUAUUUUGUACUCUUAACUGUUUCCACUUCUUAUCAACUGUCGUCAUAUCUUGCCCAUCACCAAUUUUCUGCCUGACUCCACUUACCUAUAUCUGCGUCAAGGUAUUUCCAGAGGCACGUCUGAUUUGAAGUGAAAUCACUGUAAUUUGCUGGAAGCACUCUUUAUGUGGUAGAUUAUUUUUAUGGCCACAUAUUUGAUACGGACAAUAGGAAUUUUUUUCUAAUAAUUUAAAGGCAAGUUUACACGGAUUUUUCAUAAAUUUUCCAAAAGGAAGUUGUUUUCUUGUUGGUUAUAUUUACAAGUUGUAUCUAGGCAAG